UAAUUAUUUCUCUCAUUAAGUUCAUAAUUUUUUAUAUGUAAUACAAAAUUUAUUAUUUUAUUAUUUAAAAAAUGACAAGAAAAAGAAAAAAUAAACGUAGCAAACUUGCUCGAAUGACCGAAGAAGAGCGUAUACGUUGUAUGCAACAUCGUAUCGAAUUGGAAUUAGAAGCUAAAAGACGUAAACAACAAUUAAUUGCUGUGUUUAGUAAGAAUAAAUUAAAACAUGAGGAAGUGUUCUCAAAAUUGAAUAUUGCCAAAAUUAAUGAAAAAUGGAGAUAUUUUUUGCGACAAAUAAAAUGUAAGGAACUUCAUAUAUAUGUAGAGUAUCUUUCCACAACUUUGGACAGAACAAUAAGAUCAAAAGAUUCUACAAUUUCUUAUCUAUAUAAUGAAUUAAAAGUAGCUGAUGCAGAUCAUAGAAAACUUCAAGAAACUCAUACUUUGUUAAUUAAUAAUAUAAUUGGAAAAUAUAAACAAAAAUUGAUAGAAUUACAUGAUAUGUAUAAAUUUAAUGAUAUUAAAAUGAAUAAUACAUUGGAAUUAAUCCGAAUGAAAAAUUCUAUAGAACAAUAUCAUAAAGAAAUAUCUGAUUAUAUAAUUAAGAAAUCUAUAAAUACUGAUCAAACACAAUCUAUAAGAAAAACGUAUAAUGCUGUUAAUAUUUUUAACAUCUUAUAUUUAGGAAAAAAUAUGGUAUCGCAUCUUGGGCACCAAUCUUUUUUAAAUAUUGAAAAUCUUUGGGAACAAUUAUCUAAAGUGAUAAAUGAAUAUCAAAGAAUAGUUGAAAAUAAAAAAAAACAAUAUGAAUAUUUAAAAGAACAAGAUAAUAUUUAUCAAACAUGUACAGUAAAAUAUUCAAAAGUAUAUUUUGAAUUACAGAAUACCAUUGAAAGUUUAAAAUUUAAAAUUCAAAUAUUAUCACAAGAAAAGAAAGAACAAAUUGGAAAACUUAAAAUAAAAGAUAUAAACAUAAAAGAAAAGCAUAAAAAUAUUAAAUACAAAUUCAAUAUGAGUCAAAUGAUAGAUACUUCGCAAUUAAAAAAAUUAACUGUUAUAAGCAAUGAAGUUUUAAAACAUUUAAAAAGAAUAUUAGAACAAGGUUCAAAAAUUCUUGAAAUAAUUAAAAUAUGUACUUCUUUGGAACCUGUACUUUUUAAUUUUAAAAAAUAUUUCGUACGAGACGCGGAUCAUACUGAAUUUUCUGAUACUAAUAUUCCUACAUCAUGUGCAAAAAUCGAUAAUUUUUGGAAAUAUUACAACUAUAUAAAAGUCAAUAAUAUUUUGUUACAGAAAGAAGGUAACAAUCUGUACAAAGAAAAUAAAAAAUUAAAAUAUAAGUUACAAACAUAUCUUUUGAAAAACUCUAGCAUGUUGGCGUUACGUUCAAUUAAUUCAUCUUUAUAAAUGAUUUUUGAAUAAAAUUAUUUUUCAUAAUUAUUAGAUAGUAUGCGAGAAUUCGAAAAAUGUUAUGAAUGAGUCGGGAGAGAUCGGAUUCUGAAAAUAUCUCAUAGUUCGAGAAUUUCAAUUAUUCGUGAAAAUUACACGAAAAUUAAAAUUUUCUAAAAUUUCAAGAAACCGAAUAACAUUUUGAAAUUAAAU